AUGGGAGAUCUUUGUUCUUGCUGGGAUGCCACUCAUAAUCUCAUUAUGUUGCAACAUAAUAAGAUCAAAGCGUCGUUCGAAAACAGUCUCAAUAUUAUGAGUGAAGCUUAUAAAGACAUAAGUUGCAAAAGACUUCUUGGACGAGUAUCCAGAUAUGCUUUAGGACUAAUAGCUGAAGAAUUAGAACGAUUAAAUGUUAUAGGACUCGAUAAGGCAAGAUGUGGAUGCAUACUUAGACGGACCUACAGAGUCCCCUAUGCUUGUGAAUUAGCAUGUUAUGCCCCUGGUGUCAUUCCUUUGGGUGAAUUUCAUGUGAUGUGGACAAGAUUGUCUAUUUCAGAUAUUGUAUCAAAUGAAUCGCAGCCAAAGUUAUCCAUACAACGUGAGCUUGCUAUGGUUGGAGAAAAAUUUAAGGAGGUUCAGAUUGGAGGUAAAGUGAUGAUUAAAGAAAAGUUACUUGACAUUGUUUGUCCUGAAAUGACAUCUAUGAUACCUCCAUUGGAUAAAGUUAAGACAAAGGGUGCACAAAAGAAAAAACUUCAGAGAACAGAGAGGUCUAAAAAGCGUGAUCCCUCAUAUUUUGAGCAUGUUGACACAUUUCACUCAACAAUUGAAUCUUCGUCUACGAAAAAGAAAUUGCAACUUAAGGACAAAACUAUGCAACGAAGGAGAGUACCUAUGAUAAACAAGUUUCAUCCUAUUUUUCAACCAUAUAUACUCAAUGUUGUUGAUGUCGUUGUUGAUGGUCACUGUGGCUAUAGAUGCAUUGUUGCGUCAUUGGGGCUCAGCGAAGAUUCUUGGCCCAUUAUACAGAAUGAUCUUUAUAAAGAACUGAGUCAGUGGCGUGAUGAAUAUGCAACACUAGUGGGAGGCUAUGAUCGAGUAGAAGAGCUAAAGAGGUCUUUGUUGGUGGACCUACGAUCAGCGGUUAAUGCAACCAAGUGGAUGACCAUACCAGACAUUGGGGAUUAUACACAGGUUGAACUACAAGAUGGUUCUCCUUUGCCUAUGAUAGAUGUGAUAUGCUCAAAUCAUUGUUAUCCAGAGGCGCGAAUGUGGUCAUAUUUGUAUACAAAUAGGAUGCAAGCAUUUUCAGAGUUGUAG